UGUCCACUGCCUUUGAGUUCUUGUGGUAAAGUUGGUGCUUCUUUAAGGUUUAUAAGCAAUUUUUACGUGGCAGUGUAACAUCCGAUUUUAGGGUAAACCUCUGCAAGACCACUCGAAUUCUCUGAAGCAUUCUAGUCAUGGUCAGAAAGCAAAGACCGAUGUGGUAACACCGCGACAGAAAGAUCCUCGAAGGAAGGGAGGUGGCUCAAUUCAGUAUGUCCCGCCAUCAAUCACACGUACAGAUGAAGGCAUGAGUAGCGUAGCGUCGCGAGUAAAUCGAAAUCAGGGAGUUGUAGGAGAUGUAGAACCGUCGACGUCGAGCGCUCGAAAGGCUCGUGACAAUACAUAUAAUGUGGGUCUUUCUGUUAGCAUGCUGCAAACAAAUCCCGUAGGUGAUACUUAUUCUUUAUGGUCCGUUAGUCCAACAAAAUCAGCACAAACCGCUCCGCGCAUUCCACAUGAAGUCCUUCAAGAUUUGACUUUUCGAUUCCUUGCAAAUAUUCCAGAUGAAGAGAAAUCCGACAGAGUACGCAUGUGCUUCCAAGUCGAAUUGGCUCAUUGGUUCUAUAUCGAUUUUUAUUGCAAACAAGAGGCGCGGAAGGAUUGCGCACAGAUGGGGAUGAGGGAAUUUGCCAGACAAAUCUUCAAGCAUUGUGAGGAGCUUGCACCCUACGCCGCACACGUUGAUCAGGUAGAGUAA